AUGCGUCUUUUCCUUGUUUUUAUUAUAGGGAUACUAACGCUAGAAGUGAGGGCCGCAUUCGACCUAGGAUUCCUCAGCGAUGAGCUUGAAAAAGACGAGACGUUUUUCCAUGACUUCGUGAAUCAGUUCUUACCGAGUGACAAAGAGAACCCAGUCAUCGAAGAACGAGCUGCAGCCUUAACUAACUAUUUGCCUGAGGACAGCACGACAGCGAUACCAGAGUCUGCUAUAGGAGGUAAGUCGAAGUCACAUGCCACAUCUCUGAAAGCGGCCACGACGUCUGCAGCGCUGUCGUCGUCUUCCAAAUCCGAUGGUGAUGUUUUGACUUACUCUGCCGAUUACAUGAGCGAGUACAUACCCUACUUUGGUUCUAUCACCCAAAGUAGCACCCAAUAUUUUCAGUUUUUGGUUAACACCUCUUCGGGUGUGGGUUCCAAUUAUGAGUUUUUGAUUUUCCUUUCGGGAAACAUCGGCCAGCAACCCAACAACACUGAAGAUUCCCUUACCUUCUAUCAUACCUUCAAUGCUUCCAUGUUGAAUAGCACUUUCGAUGACAACUUCGCCACUUUGAAUCUGUUUCAGGACGGAUAUUUCGAAGCGAUAGACGUUUUCACCCCACCAGCAUAUGGUGGUUCUACUCCCGGAAGUGGUGACAAGGAAACUGUGUACAUGAAAGUUGUGGCCCCCGAGAACACUGACAAGGAUGCUACCUGGGAGUAUGCGAUUGGCAUUUCACAACAGAAUCUUGUGUUUCAAUGGGAUAAUAGAACUUGGGCCUCAGUCGUAGAUGCUGACGACAAUAGUGCUUUGAUUGUUACGGGUAACUUAACUACGACAGAAACGAUCACGUACGGUACGGACAUUGCCUACAACGACUCAUACUACUAUCUACAAAUAUAUCCCUCCAGCUACAAUAGCAGUUUCGAAGGUUUGAGCAAAUCUUGGUAUGCUAUUUCCAAGGGCCCUUCUUUGACCACUUCAAGUGAUAGCAACAUCAACUAUACCACUACAUACAUUCAAAGAAAUGGAGAAUUGCAACAGCAAUUCUACGUGGUUGGACUAAAUGAAUCUACGGAGUACAUCGCAUAUAUAUACUCCACGUAUAAUGACGUUGACUCGGCAGGAAAUACGAUCGGAAGCGGUGGAUCUAUAUAUGAACAGUUUGAAUUUACCACAAUGUCAGACGAAGGCUGUGAGUUGAUCUUUGAUUUGGCCUUCUGUGAUAAGGUAGCGUAUGCCGUACCCAACGGAAACUCUUCCCAGGAGAAUGAUGUGCUCAAGGAGAUGUACGACAGCAACGCCAAAUCCAUUUACCAAAAUUUUUCAAAGGCACUACAACAAGUGGCAUGCAACACGACGAGUGAUGCCAUAUUCUCUCCGCUUUUGACCUGCGAUGACUGCUCCGAACUGUACAAAGACUGGCUUUGUGCGGUUACAAUACCUAGGUGUCUGACCCGGUCAAUUGACGGGUACAAAUACAGAGAAGUGAAUGAAUCGAGAAGCGACUUUAUCAACUACGCGAUUCAGCCAAUGAAUCCGUACUACGAGAUAUUGCCUUGUGUCAACGUGUGUGAGGCAGUAGUAAGAACAUGUCCCUCUGUAUUUGGAUUCGCUUGUCCCACAGGUAACGAUACUAUAUCAUUAUCCUACUAUUGGGACACGGACGAUCUGGAAUAUCCUACAUGUAAUUAUAUCGGGGACACAGUCAUUCUGAGUUUUGGAAGUAAGCUCAUCAUGAACUGGCAGGUGCUUGUGCUUGCCUUUUCCUUGUAUUUCAUGUAG